UAUCGCGAUCUCGGUUGGAGCUCGCGCGAGUAACCUCGACGUUAUUCAGUGUCUUAGCCAAUACAGUCGCGACGCUCUUGACGUUUUCAAGUUUACAAUCUAAAACAAUGCGUUCGUAAGCGGUCUAGCCGAGUGUGCCGAGAUGAACGAUCUAAACUGGAGCCGAAUAAUAGGAUCUUGCGUUCGACCCGAUCGGAUUUCGACCGAGCAGCUCGGACACUGAAAGAAAAUUCGUAUCGACUAUGUCUGCUUUUGUGCGUAGAAUUCGAUGCGUUUGCUUUUGUCUCGAGUAGUAUUACAAUCGAAGAAGGUCUAUAAUAGCGAUCAGCGUCAUGAAAAUUUUAAGUACGAAUUAGCCACAGGAUAGUGGAGUAAACGAGUUUUUUCGAUUCGAAGCUGCACGCAACAACUAUUCAUGGAAAAAUAAGCCUUUAUAACCAGUUAUGAAAUGGCGAGCGAGGUGAAAUGGGUAAUUUUUUUGGCAUUUCUCUACACAAUCAGUGCCCGAACAGAAGAAGAUCAGUUAUCGAUUACUUCAUCGUUCGUGGCUGACAAAACCCCUUCGAUUCCAACGAGCACUUCGAAAUCGAGUUACAAUGCGGUCUCGGAAAAGUGCUUUUAUCGACCCGUAUCGGAUUGCCCCGCGCCGGGCCAAUUACCAUGCAAAAAUCUCACCCUGAACAAUGGUAAUUCGGAAAUCCAUGGCAUCAUUUGUUGCAACUUGAAUGACAGUCACAAACUAGAUGAUAUUUUAGCACAAGCCAAUUUUACCGCUGCCAAUGUGGCAUAUGUUCAUAUUAUCAACUCUACUUUCGAAUAUUUGGACGCGAACGCCGUUCGCUGGAGGAUGCUCAAGUCGUUGGCCAUAACCGAUGGUAAAAUCAAGAGUAUCAAAGGUCAAUUUCGAAUCAUGACGCCGAUAAUUUGUCUCAACUUGUCGAACAAUGGCCUACUAGAGAUGGAAAACAAUUCGCUCAGUCGCUUGGCUCAAUUGACAAUUCUCGAUCUUUCUCACAAUAACUUGACGCACCUUCCAGCUUUUCACAUAAUGACUGGGAGGGAACUGUGGCUCGAUAUCUCUGGUUCAGAUACUUUAUUGUGCCAUGAUAUUUAUCAAAAUAUCAAUAAAACAGGCGAAAAUCAAAUAGUCUUCAAUCGUGAAAAUGAAACUGUUUGCUCUUCUAGUAAAACUUGGCACUGGUUUAAUGCCACUGCUCAAGUUCCCUUAAAACAAGUGCGAUAUUUGAGUUCUCUUCAAACAGAGUGCCCUAGAGGAGAAAAUUGGAUGUGCAUUUGUGAAUUUAGCAGAUUGGAACUUUUAAAGGAUAAAUUGCCAACAUUUGCCGUUAGUGUGGAUUGUAGCAAUAGAAAAUUGAUGAGUCUUCCUAAGAAAUUGCCACGCAAUACUAUAUCACUGAAUGUCUCUUACAAUAAUAUUUCAUCACUUGAAGAAUUGAAUACAAAUCCUACAUAUAACGGUCUUCGAGAGUUCAUUGCCGAUUACAAUUACAUUUCAUCCAUAAACGCCCUGGAAGGCUCCAAAUUUUUAGAUAGUUAUGCUUUUCUUAGUUUAAGACACAAUGCUAUUAAAUCGUUAUCUUUUUAUAUAUUAGCCGGUAAUGUGAAUGACAAAAGUUUUAGCAGUAAUAGAUACGGUAUUCGUUUCGGUGGAAAUGAAUUGCAUUGCAAUUGUGAUAUGAUAAAAUCUUUGAAGGAAUGGGUUCAAACCAGAGUUCUGGACUUUGAUGAAGUGAUGUGCGAACAUGUCAAAGAGAGGGUCGUUGACCUGGAACCAUCAAAAAUGUGUAAAAGUCCAAGUGAUUGGACAGACUAUCUAUUUUACGUAGCUGUUUUUGAAGGAUUAGUUUUCAUAAGUUUACUACUAUGUUUUUCUUACGACUAUUAUAAUUACAAGACAGUCGGCCGAUUGCCGUGGGCAGCCAGAAAAAUGCCUCGAUUUCAUUGUGGUUUAUUAUGUGAAACUUAAAGUAAAUUGAAUUUGUUAAGUUCAAGUGAAAGUGAAAUUGAAGUAAAUAGACUUGAAUGAGAUUUUAACGAUAUAAUUGUUGUAAUAAAAUGUAAUAUUACCUCAGUGCGAACAAGAUAUCGUGAAAAACAAAGUUACUGUGGAACAAAUAUUACCGUUGCACAAAAAUGAUAAUGGUGAGUAUCAUUUUUUUUAAAUUUUAAUACCAAUUACCAUGCAAAACAGAAACAAAGAGUAAAAUUUAUAAUUAUUUGUUAAUAUUCAAGAAAUAAAAACUCUCUGUUUGAGCAGCUUUAUAAAAUUUGCAACUUUUUUGUACGUCUGAUAUAUAAAUUGUAAUCAAUAAAACACGCUUAUUACA